CCCGCCUGUGCAUUUGUGCAGAGCGGUGUGCACGUACACCGGGCCAGAGGAGUGGAAGCGGAGCGAAACGGCAGCAAGUGAAGACGAGCGGACGGAGCUGUAUGUUUUAUUUUUGAAGGAGGGACGUUGCGAAACUGGCUUGCAAUCUUUUCUGACUCAUCGUUUGGAAAUAAAGCACCCUUUUUUCUCUCUGUACACCACCACCACAACCUCCUCCUGCUUGCUGCUCCGUCCCCUCCUCCCGUUACCGCUGGCACCCGAGAGGAAAACAGUCGGAUUUUUGACACCACGUUUGGGGCUUUUUUUUUUUUUUUUUUUUUUUUGCAAAAUGCGACAUGCUUUCCUGUGAGCGCUGUGUUGUGCGCACCUCGCAGCCCGCUUCAGCAGCAGGACCAGCGGCUUGUUAUUGACUUGGGAGAAAAAAAAAAGGCUGUAUCUCAGUGUGGCUGCCACUUUUUUUUUGGAGGGGGAGGAUUUUAUUUCGGAUUUGGACUCGGUCGUCGGGGCUUUGCAGAGCUGACGCGCUGUCAACACGCACUGUGAGGGGAGGGGAAGGGACGGUCCUGUCACCCAACGUGGACCAGGAGUCGCGGGGGCCGUUUAGCAGCACUGCUAGCAGCCUGCCAGGGGCACCGAGUGGGCAAAACUGAAUUAGUCCCCAAAAAGCUCCACUGUUAAACUACAUGUGCCUGGCUCCCAAUGAUCUCCUAAUCUCUGGGAAUCGCCUGCCUGCGUUCAGGACUGAGGACGUCUCUGUACCAGAAGCUGACUGCAAUCAAGAUGGAGAGCGAAAAGAAGAGGAGAAAAUACUCCACAAGCAGCAACGACUCUGACACCACUGACAGUCAAGUGACGUCGUGGUCCAGAUCAUCCAAGAAUACGGGCACCAGCAGCACAUGGGUCCGCCACCAGCACAAGAAACCAUCCGAGGUAUUUCGUACUGACUUCAUCACGGCCAUGAAGCUGCCGGACUCUGCCCAGCUCGGCCCAGACGACUUCUACGUGCUGUCUGACCCCUGGAGACAAGAGUGGGAGAAGGGAGUGCAGGUCCCGGCCAACCUGGAGGCCAUACCAGAGCCUGUGGUCAGGUAGGACACACACCAACAACACACAUUAAACUCAUGCAGGAGUUCGAUAUCAAAUAAAACACCACAUGUAUUUCUUCUUUUGAUCUCCAUUUAAUGAAAAUCACUCAAAGCCUGACUCAGUCGACAUUGUUCUCUUAAGACAGAAGAAGUUUUCUUUGGCAGCGAAUGCUGCUUGCACAAAAGGUAUUGUUGUCUGUUAGCCGCUGGCUGCAUUUUGUGACCAUCAUAAACAAACAGAGAGACUGGCAGAGUUCCAAAAAGCUACAGAGAUCUUAGAAAAGUUAUGAGAUUUAAACUUUUGUUGACUUGAUAAUUACCAAAUUGUCAGUAAACUUGUGGAGGGGGGAUGAAAUAAAAGGGAAAUCACAACCAUGAAAAUUAAAUUUGCUGAAGUAAUUUCAAUAAAUGUGCUUAAACGAGCAUGCUGAGAUACCAAAAGGUCUAAAAAGCUUUCGCUGGGAUGAUUAAAAACACCAACAAAGAGCAAAUGCUCAGGGAAAAUUUGGCAUUGAAUUGUAAUAACAGGUGUGGGAACCCUUAACAUAAUUACACUGCGUGUAAUUACACUAAUUAGCAAUAUAUUUGUAAUGGAAAAUAUGAACACACUCUCCUGCACACAGACAAGAACAUAAAGUGAGACCCUUUCUACUCUAUUUUAGUGAUUCAUAUACAAACACACACGUCUACUGGAAGCAGGUUUGGAUGCACAUGAUUCACACACAGACACACAACAUCAAGCUGGUAGGCAGAUGUGUGCCGGCAUGCACUUCGACCCACUUUGAUUCACUCCCGUUCUGUAGAUUAGCCUCGGCUUGGUCUCUCCCUCUCUCUCUUUCCUGCCCCAGUAGGCUCUCUAGUACUACUGCAGCUGCUUCACAUACCCGUGUGGUUUGUUUGGCGUUCGAGGAACUAAUGAAAAUGCUCAGACUGCCUGGUAAUGCCUGUUACGCUGACAUGUCACACUGGGAGGCCACACACACGCUUUUUCAGUCGUUCUGGGAGUAAGAUAGACGAAUUAUCCAUUCAUGAGAGAUUUGGUCAAAUGUUUUGUAUCCAUGAACCUUGUUUUCACCUGCUUCGAGAAAAACAGAUAAAAACUGACUGUCGCAGAUAGAAAGCAAAAACUUCUUCAACUCAGAUUUCAUAGCAUUUUGUUUGAUGAAGCUUCUGAAUGCGACGACCUGAAAAGUGCACGCUCCUCGUGUUUCUGCCCCCUCACUGCGUUGUGUUAUUGCUGCGUUGCUGCGAGUUUUGGGGUGCAGCCGUGGGUCAGGAGUUAACUGGGGUUUACACCAAAUCGCAGGGUUUGAUCCCUCCUCCUGCCGUCUGUCCUUUGGCAACGCUCCGAACCCCCGAAUUGCUCGAUUGCGGUAGCUGGCAGCAGCGAGAGUGAAUGAGAAGCAAAUUGUAAAGC